AUGGCUUUGAUCUCAAGGUUGUGCAUCUUUGUUUUGGUUGCACAUUUUGCCACCCCAAUUGUGUGUAUUCGCAGCCCUAUUAAUCAAACACCUGCCCUUUUCGUGUUCGGUGAUUCAAUUUUUGAUCCUGGAAAUAAUAAUUACAUCAACACCAUUGCUAGCUUCCAAGCAAAUUAUUUGCCGUAUGGUGAAUCAUUCUUCAAGGACCCUACUGGCAGGACCUCCAAUGGACGCCUCAUUCCUGAUUUUAUUGCUGAAAAUGCUAAUUUGCCAUUAAUUCCGCCGUAUUUUGAAAUUGGAAAGAAACAAUUCACUCAUGGGGUGAAUUUUGCUUCAGCCGGUUCUGGUUGUUUGGCUGAAACCGCUCGUGGCUUUGUUAUAGAUCUUCAAACUCAGUUGAUAAAUUUCCAAAACGUGACACAACUGUUGAAGAAUAAAGUGGGUGAAACAGAGUCCAAACAGAUUCUCUCCAAUGCUGUAUAUAUUUUUAGCACUGGCACUAAUGAUUUUACACCUUUAUUAACAAAUUCAACGUUUCAAAAUCCCGAUAGAGAAUAUCUGCAGAUGAUUAUGGGAAAUUUGACUGCUGUUUUAAAGGGAGUUUACGAGGAAGGAGGGAGAAAGUUUGCGAUGCUUAAUUUGGGUCCAUUUGGUUGUCUCCCUUCUAUUAGGAAUCUCAACCUUCAAAAAGGAGUUACAAAUGGGAGUUGCAUGGAGGAUGCCACAAACUUGGCCAAAAUGUUUAAUUCAGCGCUCCCAGAAAUGCUCAAACAACUAGAGAAGCAAUUGCCUGGAUUUAAGUAUACAAUAUUCAACUUCUUCAAAGUACUUGUAGAUAGCAUUGAUAAUCCAACAAAUUACGGUUUUAAGAUAUCAGAGACGGCUUGUUGUGGAACGGGUCCAUUUCGAGGGAUUUUUAGUUGUGGAGGGAAGAGGCAGGUAAAAGAGUACGAGUUAUGUCAGAAUGUGAAAGAUUACUUGUUUUUCGACUCUUCUCAUCCCUCUGAGCAGGCCUACCAAAAAUACACGGAAUUACUGUGGAAUGGAACUCCAGACAUUGUGGCACCUUACAGCCUAAAAUCCUUUUUUAAACUUUCAACCUAA